UCACAGCCUAACAGACGAAAGCAUAACUCUUUGCUGGAGAAACGUGGUGAAAUUCAGAACCGUUAUGCAAAAAGUUGGGAUGGGGCACAUUUUUACAGUUGGACAAGCUCUCCUAUUCUCAAUUUUGUUAAUCUCAAUAUGAGCAAAAGAUUCGACUUGUGCUCGCUUGCCAAAAAUGUGUGCCAUUCGUUCUAGUAUGCGAAAGGUUGUCCCCCUCAAAAAGUUUCACUCCACAUAAUGAUACUUGUUAAGGUAUAGUUUUAAGGUCAAGCUAAGUUAGUUUCUGCUGUAUAUUAUACUGUAGUUGGAAGUGGGAGGGUACCAACAACAGCAGAGCUACAGUGGAGUGGCUGGAGCAGGUCUAGAGACAGACACUGAGUAUCUCGACGUCAUCACGAUAGAGGAGGCGGCCAGUCUGAUGUGUCCAUUUGCAGAGAUGGGAACCUGUCCGUUUGGAGAGAGUUGUGAGUAUACCCACGGGGACCUGUGUGAGAUGUGUGGCAAGGAAUGCCUGAGUCCGUUCGACCCUGAGCAGAGAAAAGCUCAUCACAGAGAGUGCGUCAAGUCACACGAACAGGAAAUGGAGCGAGCGUUGCCAUACAGAAGAGUGAGGGAAAGACUUGCGGCAUAUGUAUGGAAGUUGUUCUCUGUAAAGUAUCUCUCUCAGACAGAAGAUUUGGCAUACUAAGUCACUGCGACCACUGUUUCUGUCUGGGCUGCAUUCGAAAGUGGAGAGGAUCCACGCAUGCUCGCAAAAUUACUAUUAGGGCUUGUCCGUUGUGUAGAACUGUGUCACACUUUGUGAUCCCUAGUCAGGUCUGGGUGGACGAAGAGGAGGAAAAGAAGAAGUUGAUUGAUGAAUACAAGAGUAACUUGAGCAAACAGCACUGCAAGCACUUCAACAGGGGAAAAGGCACUUGUCCAUUUGGAAAUAGCUGCUUCUAUAAACAUGAGUAUGAGGAUGGGACAAAGGCUACGAUUGUCCCACGAGUGGCAGUAAACGACCAAGGAGAGGGGAAAUUUGUGGGAGACCAUACAUUGUGGGAGUUUAUUGAAGAGAGGGACGCUCGUGAGGAGGAAGACGACAGGGUCGGCCUCAGUCGAGGGGUUGAUUGGACGUCCAGUAGCAGUGAAUCAGACCAUGACCCUUUCCUCUGACCACUCCUUCACUCUGAUUAAUAGCUACUACUACAACUGUACGUGUGUGUAUACAUAUGCACGCUAUUUAAUAAUUAUAGGGGAAAUCCAUUUUAACACCACAAACAAUCUUUUUGUCAUUUGUGCUGAUCAUGUGUAUUAUAUGCUCCUUGUGAAUAAUGGUCUAUUUAUUUAUUGCAACACAUUGCAUAAUGUGGCAGCUACAUAUUAUUAUGGUAUUGUAUAUAUAUACAAAAUGAAUGAUGAAUGGAGUUGUGUCAGUGUUACUCAAACACGGCAAUGACAACAUCAUCCCAAUCCCGACAAGCAUGGCAAGGAUCUCCAGAAAAGACUUGAACAGUGACGUGUCCUUCAGGAGAUCAGGGAUGACAGACACAGUGGCGAUGUAGAUGAACCCUCCCGCCGUGAAGGGAAGGAUCCAAGCAAUGGCGGAAGAGCCGACCCCCUCCGCCAGGAGUCCGCACAGCGUCCCACAGAGGGCUCCGACCGCCGUGACCAGUUGCAGCGCCAUUGCCUUUUUCUUGGGGUAGCCCGAUUGGACGAGGAUGGCAAAGUCUCCGAUCUCGUGCGGGACCUCGUGCAGGAGGAUUGUGAUGGUCGUGAUGACACCGACAUUGCGCCCGGCCAGAUACGAGGCUCCGAUGGCAAGACCAUCGGUGAAAUUGUGGGAGAAAUCGGCGGCCAGAUUGAGGUACCCGGCCACCUUGAUGUCGCCACCACCGCUGCUCGAGCCUGUCUCUGCCACGUCAGCCAUCUUACGUUCAUCUUUCCCUCCUUUUCUCUUGCGAACGGUGGAGCUGUCAUCUCUUUCGUUCUUGCUCUCUGUGACCUUUGGCUCAAUCCUGUUGCCGUGGGAGUGGGCGUGUCCUCCGUGACUAUGCCCCUCCCCUCCCCGGGCAAGUCGGACAAAUUUCUCCACUAUCAGGAACGCAACGAUCCCGAGUAGCACCCAACCACCUACCAUCAUAUCAGCCAUGUGGUCGUGUUCGUCGUGAUGGUGGUCAUGUUUGUCAUGGUGAUGGUGGUCAUGUUCGUCAUGAUGAUGGUCGUGUUCGUCGUGGUGGUGGUCGUGUUUGUGACCGUGUGGCGAUAUGGCAUGCGGAAUUAGGUGAAGAAAGGCGUCGCCUAACAAACCACCGGAUGCGAAACUGAGCAGCACUUUCAACAAGGUGCUGUGCUCAGAGGCAUUCUCGAUGGGUAUGAAAAACAGGAUGACGAAAGGGGCUGCACUAAUUAGAAGGGUGGAGGCGAUAGAGUAGACCCAGAGCUCUGCAGUCGUCUCUAUGGGGCCUGAGAACUGUUCCAGGAAACUCCACUCGGUGUGAGAGCCGUGUCCAGCGACCAGGCCGACGGCCUGCAGCAGUAACACUGCAACCGUGACUCUUCCAAGGUGGCUCCGCAGCCUCUUCAGACCACCCAUUGUGAUACGAGACGAACAAAACAAUGAC